AGAAUCCGUCUUUGACUGCCCCAACUCCCAUUCCCGUAACCCUCUUUCCUUCCUUGGAUUUCCCUGCCGCCAGACUUUCUCUUACCCUUGUCCUCCGUCGGUCGACCAUAGGUAGAGAGUACUGGAAACAGUUUCAGAAGAUGAUGUUUUCUCGGGGAUUUUCUCGGAUUUCUCGGAUUCCAAGGAAGACCCUCUUCGGUUCCGUUCUGUCUCGACGCUCUGACCCUAUUCAGUCCCUUCUCCAUGCUACACCCUCAGAAUCUGCUAUAAAGGUUUUGGGUUGCAGAGAAACUUAUUCCUCGGGUUUUCCGUCUUGGCACGGGGUUGGACAUCAAAUCCAUCAUAGCAGUUCUGUUAUUGAGGAACAACUAGACCCAUUUUCCCUUGUUGCAGAUGAACUUUCACUUCUUGCUAAUAGGUUGCGGGCAAUGGUAGUGGCUGAGGUUCCUAAGCUGGCUUCUGCUGCUGAGUAUUUCUUCAAAGUGGGGGUGGAAGGAAAGAGGUUUCGUCCAACGGUUUUACUGUUGAUGGCAACAGCUUUGAAUGUGCGUAUACCUGAACAGGCUGUUAGUAGGGUAGGAGAUACUGUGGCAACUGAUUUACGUACAAGACAGCAGUGCAUAGCCGAGAUUACAGAGAUGAUUCAUGUCGCAAGUCUUCUUCACGAUGAUGUCUUGGAUGAUGCAGAUAAAAGGCGCGGCAUUGGUUCUUUAAAUGCUGUAAUGGGCAAUAAGUUAGCCGUAUUAGCUGGAGAUUUUCUGCUUUCUCGAGCUUGUGUGGCCCUAGCUUCUUUGAAAAACACAGAAGUUGUAUCAUUACUAGCAACAGUCGUAGAGCAUCUUGUUACAGGUGAAACCAUGCAAAUGACUACUACAUCAGAACAACGUUCUAGCUUGGAAUAUUAUAUGCAAAAGACAUACUACAAGACUGCAUCAUUGAUAUCAAACAGCUGCAAGGCAAUUGCACUUCUUGCUGGGCAAACAGCAGAAGUUGCAGUGUUGGCAUUUGAGUAUGGCAAAAAUCUGGGCUUGGCAUUUCAAUUGAUAGAUGAUGUUCUGGAUUUCACAGGCACAUCAGCAUCCCUUGGAAAGGGUUCUUUAACAGAUAUCCGUCUUGGAAUCAUAACCGCUCCAAUAUUGUUUGCCAUGGAAGAGUUUCCUCAAUUGCGUGCAGUUGUCGACCAGGGAUUUGACAACCCUGCAAAUAUCGACAUUGCCCUGGAGUACCUCGGGAAGAGCCAUGGAAUACAGAGGACAAGGGAGUUGGCAACAAAGCAUGCCAACCUUGCUGCAGCAGCGAUUGAUUCUCUACCAGAAAGCAAUGAUGAGGAUGUUAGAAGGUCAAGACGAGCACUAAUAGAACUCACUCAAAUAGUAAUCACGAGAAAUAAGUAAGAAGCUGCCUAUCAACUUAACACAGAUAGCUUGCACCAGAGAUUUUUCUUAUUUUUUCAAAUCAUUGUUCCUGUAAGGUGAGGAUCAAAUCUUUCCUCCUGUUUUCAUCCAUGUUUUUACUUUUAACAUUUUUUUACCCAAUAAUCAGUUAUAAGGAGUUUUUUUUGGUUAUGAAACAGUUACAAGGAGUUAUUUAUU